GUCAAAUGUCGUUAUUCCAAUGAUUUCAAACCUCAAAAUUUCUGUUUUGCUGUUAAACAUUUAAUUUUAGCGGGAAUGUUUCUCGUUUAUUUCGAUCUCAGUUUGUAGAAUAUUUCAUAUUAUUCGAAUAGAAAAUAAAAUCCCCACAAUUUCAUCAUGACGUCUUUCAAAUCCAUUUGUGAAAAAUACUUUGGCUGCAGUAAUUUUUACGAAGUGCUAAAAGUAGAUCCCAAAGCCACAGAAAAAGAACUUAAGAAGGCCUAUCACAGACUCUCUUUGCUGGUCCAUCCAGAUCGCGUAGAAGAAGAUCAGAAGGAAAUAGCCACAGAGAAGUUCAAAGCUCUCGGAAGGAUCCACUCCAUCUUGCAGAAUCCUGAUAAGCGCAAACUGUAUGAUGAUGUUGGCGAAUAUGAUGACGAGUCGGAGUCGGAUUCCCUGUUCAAUUGGAUGGACUAUUGGCGCAACAUGUUCAAGAAGAUAGAACUCAAAGAUAUUGAGAAAUACGAGCAAGAGUAUAUAGGUUCGGAAACUGAGCUGAGGGACAUUAAGCGGGCGUACGUCGGCAGCAAGGGCAACAUGGACAAGAUUCUGGAGAUGGUGCCCUUCAGCAACUGUGACAGCGAGCCGAGGAUCAUAGAAAUAGUACAAAAAAUGGUGGACGACGGGGAGGUGGAGCAUUACAACAAUUUCUUCAACGAAAGCAAAUUGAAGAAGUUGAGGAGGCGUAGGAAGUAUGAGAAAGAGAAGAAGGAGGUUGAACAGAUUGAUAUGAGUGAACUGGAGAAGGAAAUAGAGAAGAAUAUGAAGCAGAGAGAGUCAAAUUUCGCUAACUUCAUGUCCGACCUGGAAAGUCGGUAUGCACCCAAAAGGAAGAAGAUGAGCAUCACUGAUGGAGAGACAAAGAAACGAACUAGAAAGACCAGCUCUAAGUGAUUAUAUUGAGUGCUUUGGUUGUGUUUUUUGCUAUCUUUCGAAUUGUAUAAUGUGAUAGUCUCGGCAUUUUUGUUAAUUUUUUUACAGUUGUUUUGGUUAUUAAAUUAGGUCAAUUCGUU